GCCGGAUUUGGAGCGCUCGGCGCCGGCGGGGCCGGAGGGGGCGGCGCGGCGGAGCCUCCAGUGGCCUCGGACGCUCCUCCUAGCCCGCGGCCGCCGCCCGCCUCCGCCUCCAGUUCUGUAGCCCCGGCCUGCCGGCCGCCACUUCCGGCCGCUCACCUGGGACGCGCUCACCUGCCUCGGGGCGCCUGGGCACCAGGAUGAAGGACCGGCUGGAGCAGCUGAAGGCCAAGCAGCUCACACAGGAUGAUGAUACGGACGAGGUCGAGAUUGCCAUUGACAACACGGCUUUCAUGGAUGAGUUCUUUGCGGAGAUCGAGGAAACUCGUCAGAACAUCGACAAGAUCUCAGAGCACGUGGAAGAGGCUAAGAAACUCUACAGUAUCAUCCUGUCUGCACCGAUUCCUGAGCCAAAAACCAAGGAUGACCUAGAGCAGCUCACGACUGAGAUCAAGAAAAGGGCCAACAACGUCCGGAACAAACUGAAGAGUAUGGAGAGGCACAUUGAGGAAGAUGAGGUCCGGUCAUCCGCAGACCUUCGGAUUCGGAAAUCCCAGCACUCCGUCCUGUCCCGGAAGUUUGUGGAGGUGAUGACCAGAUACAACGAGGCUCAGGUGGACUUCCGCGAACGCAGUAAAGGGCGAAUCCAGCGGCAGCUCGAAAUCACUGGCAAAAAGACUACAGAUGAGGAGCUAGAGGAGAUGCUGGAGAGUGGGAACCCUGCCAUCUUCACUUCUGGGAUCAUUGACUCUCAGAUUUCCAAGCAAGCCCUCAGUGAGAUCGAGGGGCGGCACAAGGACAUCGUGAGGCUGGAGAGCAGCAUCAAGGAGCUUCAUGACAUGUUUAUGGACAUCGCCAUGCUGGUGGAGAAUCAGGGUGAGAUGCUAGAUAACAUAGAGCUGAAUGUCAUGCACACAGUGGACCAUGUGGAGAAGGCACGGGAAGAAACUAAAAGAGCCGUGAAGUACCAGGGUCAGGCCCGGAAGAACCCGAUUUCACUCCAGCCUGGUGUGGCCACCCUUGUCUUCAGAUGGGAAUGGAGUUUGAAUGGCUUUCCUGAGAGAGAGUGGGACCUGUUCCUUUGUUUCCUUGUAACCGUCCUUGGACCUGACCCAGCAAACAACUUAGCCCCGGAGGAAGCUAAUCUGCCUGAUGUAACCCUGAGUUCUCAGAACCUUCUCCUGCCCCACCAACUCUGAAGUACCUUCUCUCCCGGACAGUAUGAACCAACCCAGCUUCUCUUUGUUCCCUCUGAAUGUGUCAAAGUAAGCCUUGCACCUUGGAAAGCCGAUUCCAAACCUUCCCAGGGUGCUGUAUUUUCUACCUCAUGGAGUAUUCUUCUCCCAGAAAUUGCAACGUAUUUUUGAGGGGUAUCUUUCACAACACAAGGGGAUUCUUCCAAGUGUGGUGACAGUAAGGCUCAGCUCGAGCCUUGUACUUGGCAAGGUCUUGGUCCUCACAGUUUGCUGUCCCUGUGUCUUGAAAAUAUGUGGAACUAGCAGAUGUCAUUUUGGUCUUAGCAGCUGACUUGUUUGAAGUUCAGUCUUAAAUUAAGCUCUUGGUAUGUUCAGCUUCAUGGCCAAUUUCAGUCUUUAUGUUGUGUUCUCUCAUGUUUACUCAAGGAGGCACCAGGAUGAUACGGUUGUCUGAGGUUACCAUUUGUAAAGGCUGAAGGUAUGAGAUAUUUGUUUGCCUCUCUGAGUCUUGGAAACUGGCUGUUCUCCUUUGGAGUGAUGCUUUGUGAAGCCACUGCCUUGAGGCCAGAAAUAACCAGGCACUUAAAAUUGGGCCAGGGACAAGGUGCUUGAGUUUCAGGUUCUGGAAAUGCUUAGACUGGUGCGAGUGUUCAUUCAUUCAUUUCAUAUAUUCCAGAUGUAUUUUUAUAAUCAUGUGUGAGACGUACAUAUAUAUUUGCCUGUCUCCGAGGAAGUAGGACACUAGAAAUGGAGAAUAUUAUAACAUCAAAAAACAAAAACAAAAACCUUGGGCUGGACUAAAAAUUAGGUAAGACAUUUGCUUAUUUACAAAUGAACACAGCAGAAAUAGGAUCUUCCUGUGUCAUUGAGAAACCUUGUUUUCUGGAUGAGUGCUGGGAUGAUCAUAGAUCUUUGGGGUUAGGACUACACUGAUCCCACUAAGUUUUUCUGCUUAGCGGACAGGUAUGACAAGUUUUGGCACCUCUCCUUGCUGCUGCAUAGGUGAGGCUUGUCCUGAGAGUAUCCCACAGCAAUCUGAGAUCAUUUCUGGGGCCUUUAGGAUGAUCCUGUCUCCAGGGCUGAGUCAGCUGGGGGAGACCGGGGACUACUGAGUAGCUGGUAUUGCUACCAGGUAAAUGAGCUUGACAGGUUCUUUGUCUCCCCCCAAUUCUUAUCAUGGAGGAAGCAACAGCCAGGAAAUGAUUUCAAGUGUAGUGACUAUGGUGACCCAGUGGUGAGCCCCUUAGAUACCCUGCCAGUCUCCCUGAUGUAUAGUUGAACUUCGACACUCUAGGAUAGAGUGAGCACCUAAUCCAGGCACUGCCCCGGGCUUCCUUUGCAAAGGCUGUGUACUCUGUCAUUGCUCAGCACUCCUACAGAGCCAAAGGGAUACCCUCUUCCCAUGGCUAUGAAGUCAGACAGUGGACUGGCUCCAGCAACGAGGGAAGACAAGCUCUUACCACAGGCCUUUGUUGAGCCCUGGGGCUUAGUCUGGAAUACAACAAGUGAAGGGUUUUUUGUCAUUUGUGUUUUUUAAAUGUAAACUUGAUUAUUUUAUUGAUAAUUUAAAAAUAAAUGACUUUAUAUUGAUUGUGAAA